AUGAGUAGUUCACCAGCUAAAUUCUCUGAGGCUGUGCGAAAUGUUACUACUACUUCGACUCCGACUGCUGGUUUUACACCUUUCACUGUUGAAACCUCACAUCCUUUCUAUAUUCACCCAUCAGAUAACCCUAGUUGCCCUCUAGUUUCACCUGCAUUCGAUGGACAUGAUUUUGUUAUGUGGCGCAGAAACAUGCUUGUCUCACUUUCUGCUAAAAAUAAAUUGGGGGUAAUCACGGGUAGAAACCCUAAACCAGAGGCUGAAUCACCAUAUUACUCUGCUUGGAAAAGGUGCAAUGACAUGCUUAUUGCUUGGAUAACAAAUUCACUGACUAGAGACAUAGCAAUCACCCUUAUAGGAUAUGCCACUACUAAGGACAUCUGGGUUGACCUCAAUGAUAGAUUUGGUCAAUCAUAUGGGUCCAAAUACAUCCAAAUUCAGAGAGAAAUUAGUGCCAUUGGUCAGGGUUCAUCAGACAUAGCAACAUAUUUCACUAGGAUGAGAGGUCUGUGGGAUGAGUUACAUGUUGCAUAUGUGGGGCCACCAUGCACAUAUGGUGCUCUUCCAAAACUGCUAGAGGAUCAACAAUUAUUUCAGUUCUUAAGUGGACUGAAUGAAUCUUAUUCGUCUUGCAAAAAUAACAUUCUCACGAUGUAUCCAAUGCCUUCCAUUAGCAAAGCUUACUCAACGCUACAACAUGAUGAACAUCAGAAAGAGAGUUCAUCUCAUGUCCCUAAUUUCUCAGAUGGAUCCAAUUCAUUCUCAGCUUCAGUUAGUCAGGGGUACAACAGGCAGUCUUUUCCUCAAUGGGUCAAUUUUGAUCCAAAGAAACCAACUUCUACCCCUAAUGGUUCCUUGUUACAUGGCUAUCCUCCAAAUUACAAGUUUACUAAGAAUAAGAGAGGGUCAGCGUCUUGUGUUCAAGGCUCACCUGCGAAUUCUCUUGAUCUUGGUAGUUCAACAGUUACUGCCAACUCAGGUCCCAUUCUUGCUGUUUUGCAGUUGAGAAUUGAUAUUAUUUUACACAAUGUUCUUCUUGUGCCUUCAUGUCAUUUUAAUUUGAUAUCUAUUCAUCAAUUGAUUGUCCAACUUGAUUGCAUAGCAAUCCUAACUACAUUUGCCUGUUUUCUACAUGCCCCUUCUCUGAAGAGGCCACUGGAAAUUGGUAGAGCUGCUAAAGGAUUGUAUUUCCACCAUCAUCCAGUCUCCACACCAUCAAUUUUUCUUUAUAAUUCUGUUUUCAAUAAUUCUACUUCUGUUAAUGUGUGUAGUUCUACUGUUUCUUCUCAAGCUACAGUUACAAAUGUAUUGCCCAGUGUUUCUUGUAACCCCAUUUAUGAUAUAAAUAAAGCUAAUUUGUUUUGA